ACGCACGCGCGCCUCGGGAAGCGUCGAGUCCCGGACGCCCAGAGCGGGCACGGAGCAGGGGGAAGGGAAGCGCGGCUCGGUCGGCGCGGGUGGAGGGGGCGUGAGGCCGGCCUACGGUGGCCGUCGAGGGACGGCGCUACGGCUCCCACGCUGGGCCAAACGCCUCCGGCGGCCGCGCCCGGGCGCCCCUUCACCCGCAGGGCGACCCUCCCCGGGGACGCGUGAACCACGCCCGCAGCCGCCCCGCCGGCGUCCCCAGCCGCGCGCCCCGGCACCAUGCGGCCGCCCUGCGCACGGAGCCCCGAGGGACAGGGGCGCCCGCAGGCCCGGCCCCCAGCACCGCCGGCCGGCCCCGAGGUCCGGGACGCCAGCGCCGCCGCGGAGAGGGCACCGGGCCGACGCCUCCCGCGAGGCUCAGCGGCCGGCUCCCAGGCCUAGGCGCCCAUGACCCCUACGCUGACCGCUGCCUGGACGCCGCCGCCACCACCGCGAGCUAGCGCCGCCGCCACCAGGGCCCAAUGCCGGUCAUGCCCAUCCCGAGGCGGGUGCGCUCCUUCCACGGCCCGCACACCACCUGCCUGCAUGCAGCCUGCGGGCCCGUGCGCGCCUCCCACCUGGCCCGUACCAAGUACAACAACUUCGACGUGUAUAUCAAGACGCGCUGGCUGUACGGCUUCAUCCGCUUCCUGCUCUACUUCAGCUGCAGCCUGUUCACCGCGGCGCUCUGGGGUGCUCUGGCCGCCCUCUUCUGCCUACAGUACCUGGGCGUUCGCGUCCUGCUGCGCUUCCAGCGCAAGCUGUCGGUGCUGCUGCUGUUGCUGGGCCGCCGGCGCGUGGACUUCCGCCUGGUGAACGAGCUGCUCAUCUACGGCAUCCAUGUCACCAUGCUGCUAGUCGGGGGCCUGGGCUGGUGCUUCAUGGUCUUCGUGGACAUGUGAGGGCCGUGGGCGCGAGCUUGAUGUAUCGUCCCGGCCUGUGGCUGUGUUCUUUACAUGGGUGGGACUGCCCAUCCCGCAGGCAGUCGCUGCUGCCUGGCGCCCACGGAGAGAGAAGAAAGGGCUGAGACUUCCGUGAUGGGGGUGCGGAUGCCGCCCCUAGGCUGGCUUCCUGCGUCCAUCCUCCCCAUGUGCACUCUCAGGGGCGGCGCCCACCUGCAGGUGGCUCCUGCUCACACGUCUUCAGGUCAUACUGCGGAGUGGGCCGUCUGUUCUGCCUCUCUGUGGGCUUCUCUCCAGGUCUACAGCUGCCAGGGACUUUAGACAUCACCCUGGGAGGCCUGUGGACACAGAGGGCUGUGUGCCCAGGAACAAAUCCGGAGGGGGGGCCAUCCUGGCUGCACGGUCCCUUCCUGCGUUCCCUGGUCUCAGCCCCAGCCGAUGGGACACGGAAGGCUCCCCUCGCUGACACACCACACUGCCACAAAGCUGCUUACUCUGCCCUGGGCCGCCUGAGUCCUGGCACUGCCCUCGUACCACUGUCACCCUGAGGGGCUGUGUGGGUCCUGAGUCCCCAGCCAGCAUUCAGGGUCUCCUUGGAUUGUGUAGAUGCAGUCUAGCGGGGGGCAGAGAGGGGCUCAGGUGGGAGGGGCCUCAGCAGGCUCUCAGCUCAGGGGCUGGCCUGGGGGAACCCUGGGAGCCAAGGGCUGACUCCAGCAACACUGGCCUGUCUGCCUGUUCCGGGAGGGCUGUGAGGAUGUCCUCAGAUGCUGUGGAUUUCUGGGGAGGCACCUCCAUUCCUUUCUGGGUUUUUUUUGCAGAGGAGGGCUUUGGGCCUCUUUCUUUGGGGGAACAUCCUCAAAGAAAGCGUGGGAGAUCAAGGCUGCAGUGAGCUGGAAUGGAGACUUGCGUGUCCCAAGUGUCCACAGCAGGUGGCAGAGGUCUCAAUGUGGCAACCACAGCCCCGGAGCCUGUGUGGUACCAGCAGCAUCUUAGAGCCCCCGGUAUAUGCUGAGAUCCUAUCCCACGCUGCCCUCCAGUGACUGGGGGGCCCAAAUGAUGGCACAGAGGCAGGUGGACUGGAGGGGCACAGAUGCCUGUGUUCAGGGAGGGCGGCCACCAUGGGCCGGGGUCUCACCCAGGACCCCUUGCUCUGCUCCUCGGCCUUGCAGUCCCGGUAGCACUAUGGUGGACUGCCCAUGGCCGUGUGGCUUUGGGGGCAAGUGGGAGGGUGCCCUGAAUAAUGGUUACAGGGACAACAGGCAGAGCUGCCCUAAAGCAGGACACAGGGUGUGGUACUGACAACCCUAGUGUCACCCCAAAUCCAUGUCCACACACUCCGGGCAUGGGUGGGACUUAUGACCCUGCCCUGUCAGGUGGACUAGUGGCCCAGGAGCCAGGAGGACAGUUGUGUGCCACUGGAAGAGAAACUUUUUGAAAAACCCUAAAUCAGGUAGAGAAAGCAAAAAAUCUUUGGCCGUAAACCGUGCUCUAAUUUGUUGGCAGCUUCUGUGGAUGACCUCCGUUGAGCCCGGGCUGUGUCCAGGCCCUGGGCAGGCGGGCAGGAGUUUUCCUGCGUGGGCCUCAUUUCUUGCUGCAGAGAAUCUUUUGCACUAAGUCACGCUGUUUCCUCAAAGAAGCUUUGUUUUUUGUUAACGUGUUACUCAGAGUCACCCAGGCCUCUUGGCUGAGGGUGAAGGUGGGGCGGGAGGCAGGAGGGGGUGGCAGUGCCGCUUGUGUGGUGUCAACGCUGCAGGGAGUUGCGGCACCUUGGUGCCCUCUGAGCACCUGGCCGCCUGCUGUCCCCAGUGCCUGUGAAAUUCGUCAUGAGAUGACCCACCUGCAUUAAACCUAUUUUUUUAAUGUGUUGA